CGGAGUAAUUUUCGGUUGGGCCUCUUCUAAACAAUCGAAUGUUCAAUCAUCUGCCAUUGUUGGGAUCACAAAUUUACAACAGUCAAGAGAAAACAAUACAACAUGAAGCUUACUGAAGAAGUGAUUGCAUCUGACCUGGAAAGUAUGGAAAGCGCAUCCAACUGUCCGGAUCAACAACAAAAGGAAAACAAUGAUGGUCCCCGCAAACGCCUCUCUGUCAGGUCCUCAAAGUUUGAUCGUGGCAACAAGGGAUUCCUGGACGAUGAAGAACAGCUCCUUGUCAAGUAUGACAUCAAUGGUGAUGGAAAGAUUGAUGCCCAAGAACUCUUCAGAAUUGUGGCUGAUCUGAACAAGGCCCAUGGGAAAAAGAAGAACCUCAAAAAGGGACUUGGUUUGUCUUUGGUGGCACUUGUUUUGCUUCUUACCAUGUCUUUUGGUCUUGUGUGGGCUGUGGUGGCGCUCACCAAGGAGGUUGCAGUGGACAGUCAUGGACAUUUGGUGGACUCCCACACUGGUGAAGUGGUAGUAACCAGGCCUGAAGCCAGCUUGAUUCACAUCAACGUAGAUGAGGUUGUUGCCCGCGGGAUUCUCACGAGGAAGUUACAAGAUUCAGUUGGUGGAGCUUCAGACAAGUCAAACCAGCUAGAUGGAGAAGGAAGGGAGUACCUUGGCACUGCUCCCAAGAGUGGAGUGCACAGAGCGUACAGGCGAUUCCAGGAGAACUCGGAGCAUUGCAAUGCUGUGGUGACUCUUUAUGGUGUUGAGUACACCCGCCCGCUUGACCUUGGUAGGGUCAGCAAGAGAGAGGAGGAUACGGACAGGAGGAAGCUAGGGGGAGGAGGUAGUGGUGGAAGGAGUCCCAAAAGGAUUCUUUACCAAGGCAUCUACAUGAAAUCUAACCCAGACCAAGAGUUCCAGAUGGAUUGUGAUGAUGAAGAAGAUGACUGCAGUGUAUUCUCUGUUGGGCUCUUUUCUGGCCGAAGAUUGGACGAAAGCAACACUCAACUGCGCUCGCGUGUUGCCGGUAAUCUAUAGAGCUCUCAUUCACUUCUUGUUAUUCCUACCCUUAAUUAGUUUAUAGAACCUUCAUUUUCCAGUUUU